GGCUUCAAUUUCAUCCGCAAGUACAUCCAAAGCAUCUGUAAAGAUCUGAACCUUUCCCUCUUUCCUCUUUCAUACACAAUACUAGUAACGGAUUUUUCUAAUAUAAGUCUUCAGAAAUGACCGGAAGUUGUGCUGCCCUUAAUACCCCUGAUACAAAAUGGAGCUUCUGUCCCAACAUCGGCGCCGCCUACUUAUUUACUAUCCUAUUCGGUCUCACCACUAUCGCUCAUCUUACUCAGGCUAUCCUUCAUAGAAGGGCAUACUGCUGGGUCAUUAUAGUAUCAGGAAUAGCACAGACUCUUGCGUAUAUAUUCAGAGUCAUUAGUAUUAAAAAUCCUGCUAGUUUUGGAAAUUAUGCGGCUUGGUUUAUUCUAAUUCUGAUUGCACCACUUUUCACGAAUGCCUUCGCCUAUAUGGUCAUGGGAAGGAUGAUUUGGAACUAUGUCAUAGAAGCUAAAAUAUGGAAAAUAACGGCAUGGAGAUUUGGACUCUACUUUGUGAUUCUAGAUGUGGCAGCACUCCUUAUUCAAAUUUACGGAGCUGCAACCGCGGCCAGUGACAACGCAAGCGCAGACGAAACCUUACAGGGUCUUCAUGUUUAUAUGGUUGGUGUUGGAAUACAGCAAUUCUUCAUCUUCGUCUUCCUUUUCUUCGCCUUCAAGUUCCAUCAAACACUUCGUAGCCAGUCCCGUCAAAACGUCUAUACUUCACGACAAGCAUGGUCCUUACUUUAUGCCUUGUAUGCAGUCAUAUUACUGAUCACUAUCAGAAUUAUUUUCCGUCUUGUUGAAUACUCCCAAGGCCUCAAAAGUAGCAUUCCCAACCACGAAGCGUUCCAAUACUCUCUCGACUCGGUCGCAAUGCUUUUUGCUCUCGUUGUUCUUAACAUCUUUCACCCUGGUCGCAUCAUGGCGGAUUCAGACUCAAGCAUUCCAGGGAGGAAAGCGAGGAAGAGCAAGACCUUUAGAACAAAGAUGCAGAAGGUUGCAAAUAGUGAUAUUGACGAGGUUCCAAUGGUGUAAUAUUUGCAAGGUGUUAUGAAAAACCGAAAAUCUGAAGUCCGGAAUGAAUAUUGUACAACUUAUAAAGAGGAUCGACGUUGGCUUUAGGGCUACAUCGGAGCCUAGAGGUUGGGUCAUUGAGAAUCACAAUUUGAGUUGGAGUUUUUUUUUUUUCAUAAUUAAUCAAUUGACAUAAUGCAUUUUUGUAGUCACUGGGGUUCGUUUUAAUACGUUAUAAGAAGAAUAUCCACAGUAGCUACUCAAGGAGUGAUAAUGAAUUGCUCCUAGAGCAGAGAGCUGGUUGAGAUGUGCUUUGAACCUACCUUGGGUUGCGAAUGGACGGUCCUAUGCAUUGUCUUACCAUUUCAUGUCUGUUAGCUUCGAUAACAAAUCAGAGAAUCA